AUGUUACGUACCCUUGACCUGAACACAGACAGGAUAACAAAAGACUUGAGUCCAGGCCCUGUUCAAGGACAGCUGAGGGUCAUAGGUAGCAGAGAAAGGGCCAACCAACAAGAAAAUUGUGGAACUCACAGAAUCCAGUCUACCCUUCCUGUGUGGCUGCAGAAGCAGGACUGUGCUUUUGGCCUGCAGCCCGAGGGCCUCCACUACUCUUAUGGGAGCUCCAGGAAGCAAGCAGUGCUGGUCUUGGUGCAAAGCAGUAUCCUCAGGUCAAAGCAGAGGAGGUCCCGGCAGGAUCAGGUGUCAACAAGAGGUGCCUUCCCUACCUUUGUGGAAGGCGACAAAACAUCAUUGCUUCCUCUGCAUCCUCUUCCUCCUAUCAUUAUCCAGGACCUCACCAAGAGAAGAAUCAGUACUGGGACACCAAGUUGUCCUCAGAAGCCUCAAGGCAUCUUCACUUCCCCGGUUGUCAUGGCUUCAGUUCAAAGAAGUUUAUCCAGUGACAGCUCCAGCAGUGAAGAAUUUGAAGUUUCUGGCAUCUCUCUGGACAUGGACACACCUGAGAUUUUGUGCCCUAUGCUUCUAGAUGAUAAAUUAUAUAAAUUGGUACAGUUCCUGCUCCACAAGUAUCAAAAGAAGGAGCGGGUCACCAUGGAAGAAAUACUGCACAAUGUAGACCAUGAUUACCGUGAGCACCUCACUUUGAAUUUCAGGGAAUUCUGUGAGUGCAUGUGCGUGGCCUUUGGGAUUGAGAUGAGGGAAGUGGGUGCCCCUAGCCAGAGAUACGAGUUUAUCUCAGUCUUGGGCCUCACUUACAGUGGGAUACUAGAUGAUGCUGACCAGAUCCUUCCCAAAGUCAAGCUCCUGAUACUCAUCUUGAUUGCAAUUUUCAUGAAUGGCAACUGUGUCAGUGAAAAGGGCCUAAGGGAACUCCUGACAGAUAGGAAGGUAUCAGGUGGGAGGCGGUACAUGGUUGUUGGUGAACCCUGGGAAUUCAUCACAAAAAUAUUGGUACAGAAACAAUACCUGGUGCGUCGGCAUGUGCCCGAUAGUGAUCCCGAUCAGUAUGAGUUCCUCUGGGGUCCAAGGGUCCAUGCUGAGUCCAGCAAGAUGAAAGUCCUGGAGCACUGGGCCAGGCUUAAUAGGGCGUCUCCCAGGUCAUAUCCACAUCUGUAUACAGAGGCUUUGAGGGAGCAGAAAGAUAUUGUCAGAGUGAUUGAGGGGAAAGAAGCAUGA